CAAAAACCAUAGCCUACUACUGGUUUACUUGCGUUGCGUUCAACUCAAUGCGCGUACGCGCACGGUGGGCAUAAGCGUUCAUCGCGGCCCCGCGCACAUCUGCUGCACGGUGUACGGUAGCAUCAUCCCAGAGACGGGAGCAACCAGGGGAGCGCUUCCGCUGUGCUGAGCAAGCAGCCGGUAAAUGGACAGCCGACACAAUGGCAGAGGAUUUGGGGGCGCCUCUGUCAUAGCGAAAAACAACAGGUCGCAUGGAUAAUCCCGCCACAUUUGAGACAGCCACCAUGGUUCAGCUGCUCCACGUCUGGUGUUGUUUGGGUUGACCGCCGGAGAGCCACCACCACAACCAUCACCACCAAAGUGGCUUUGCGAGGCUCGAUGUGGCUGAAGAACCGACGUGCGGUUGCGGGUGCGGGUGCGGGGCUUGUCGUCCUGUCUAUCGACUGAGAGACAGACAAGGUGGCCCCCCCCCGACUGCCGGGUCCGUAGCCGCGCCGGGGCAGGGUGGGGUUGGGACUCGUCGCCGUCGCCAUGGAGAUAGACGCGCGUUUCCGCUACUACUUCCAGCACCCGUGGUCGCGCAUGUUCGUGGCCUACCUGGUGACCUUCUGCAACUUCCUGAUCUUCGCCGAAGACCCCAUCUCCCACAGCCAGACGCAGACCCACAUGGCCGUGGUGGGGAACUGCUUCUCCUUCCUGUUCAACAAGUACCCCGGCGGGGGCUGGAACGCCGUCAAGGUGGUGUGCUGGAUCCUGGCCAUCAUCACCGGCCUGCUGGCCGGGAAGUUCAUCUUCCACCGGCGCCUCUUCAGGCCACUCUCGCAGGCCCGCAGGCAGCCAUCUGUCUCCUGUCCUACUGUGUUACAGUGA